GAAGCAGAGGGAGGAAUCCGUGUGUCUGGGGCUUUUGUAAGCGAGGCUCCCUGGCCUGCAACGGCCUCCGGGGUCCUCGCAGCCCCCGGGGGGAUGCAAAGAGCUGGGCGUGGAGGAGAUUGAGCCCGAGAGCUGCUGCUGUUGCUGCUGCCACCUCAACAUGGUGUAAAUCCGCUUCCGACAGGCCCAUCCCCUCCCUCCCUCCUUCCUUCCUUCCUUCCUAGCCUUACUGCCUCUCUCCCGCACCCACACUCACCCACACGCUCAGACCCACCGGUGAGCGGCGGCCUGUAGGGCGGAGCAGGCCGGCGAUCGUCCGCAGGGUGCGGGGACCCCCCCCCCCCCGAUGAAGAGCCGGCCAGGCCCGGCGGGGCUCACAGCCUGACCGGAGCCGAGCGCGGGGGUGGGCACGGUGAUCGGGAUUUUUCCUUUUUUAAUUCCUGCAAGAAGGGAAGAUGGCGAACGACUCUCCUGCGAAAAGUCUGGUGGACAUAGACCUCUCUUCUUUGAGGGAUCCUGCUGGGAUUUUUGAGCUUGUGGAAGUGGUUGGCAAUGGCACCUAUGGACAAGUCUAUAAGGGUCGACAUGUCAAAACAGGCCAGCUGGCAGCCAUCAAAGUCAUGGAUGUUACUGAGGAUGAAGAGGAAGAAAUCAAACUGGAGAUAAAUAUGCUAAAGAAAUAUUCACACCACAGAAACAUUGCCACCUACUAUGGCGCUUUUAUUAAGAAGAGUCCUCCAGGACAUGAUGACCAACUGUGGCUUGUUAUGGAGUUCUGCGGGGCAGGCUCUAUUACGGACCUCGUAAAGAACACAAAAGGGAAUACCCUGAAAGAAGACUGGAUUGCUUACAUCUCCAGAGAAAUCCUCAGGGGAUUGGCACAUCUUCAUGCUCAUCAUGUGAUUCACCGGGACAUCAAGGGACAGAACGUAUUGCUGACAGAAAAUGCGGAGGUGAAACUAGUGGAUUUUGGUGUUAGUGCUCAGCUGGAUCGGACAGUUGGAAGAAGAAACACAUUCAUUGGAACCCCGUACUGGAUGGCCCCGGAGGUCAUUGCCUGCGACGAGAAUCCAGACGCGACCUAUGACUACAGAAGCGAUCUAUGGUCUUGUGGCAUUACAGCUAUUGAGAUGGCUGAAGGUGCUCCCCCUCUCUGUGAUAUGCAUCCCAUGCGGGCAUUGUUCCUGAUUCCCAGAAAUCCUCCGCCCCGGCUUAAGUCUAAGAAAUGGUCCAAGAAGUUUUUUAGCUUUAUAGAGGGCUGUCUUGUGAAGAACUACAUGCAGAGGCCCUCCACAGAGCAGCUUUUAAAACAUCCCUUCAUUCGGGACCAGCCAAAUGAGAGGCAAGUCAGAAUCCAGCUUAAGGACCACAUAGAUCGGACCCGGAAGAAGAGAGGAGAGAAAGAUGAAACGGAGUACGAAUAUAGCGGAAGUGAAGAAGAGGAGGAGGAAGUGCCUGAGCAAGAAGGAGAGCCAAGUUCUAUUGUUAACGUGCCUGGGGAAUCCACACUCCGCCGGGAUUUUCUGAGACUCCAGCAGGAAAACAAGGAGCGCUCGGAGGCCCUUCGGAGGCAACAGCUGCUGCAGGAACAGCAGCUCCGAGAGCAGGAGGAGUACAAGAGGCAGCUGCUGGCAGAGAGGCAGAAACGCAUAGAGCAGCAGAAAGAGCAGAGACGGCGGCUAGAAGAGCAACAGAGAAGAGAACGUGAAGCUCGAAGGCAGCAGGAGCGUGAACAGCGGAGAAGAGAGCAGGAAGAGAAGAGACGUUUAGAGGAACUUGAAAGGAGGCGAAAAGAAGAAGAAGAGAGGAGGCGAGCGGAAGAAGAGAAAAGAAGAGUGGAGAGAGAACAGGAGUAUAUCAGGCGACAGCUAGAAGAGGAGCAGCGGCACUUGGAAAUUCUUCAGCAGCAGCUGCUCCAGGAGCAGGCCAUGUUACUGGAAUACAGGUGGCGAGAGAUGGAGGAGCACCGGCAAGCCGAGAGGCUCCAACGGCAACUGCAGCAAGAACAGGCGUACCUCCUGUCGCUACAGCAUGAUCACAGGAGGCACCAACAACAACAGCAACAACAACAGCAGCAGCAGCAACAACAGCAGCAGCAGCAGCAGCCACCACAGCAGCCGCAGCAGCAGCAACAGCCGCAGCAGCAGCAAGUGCAACAAGAAAGGAGCAAGCAAGGUUAUCAAGCCCCGGAGCCUAAACCCCAGUAUGAACCUCCUGAAAGAACACGAGAGGUGGAAGAUAGAUUUAGGAAAACUAACCAAGGCUCCCCUGAAGCACAGUCUAAGCAGACAGGCAAAGUUUUGGAGCCACCAGUGCCUUCAAGAUCAGAGUCCUUUUCCAAUGGCAACUCCGAGGCUGUACAGCCUGCACUGCAGAGACCGGUGGAACCACAGGUACAGUGGUCCCAUCUGGCAUCUCUCAAGAACAAUGUUUCCCCUGUCUCGCGAUCCCAUUCCUUCAGUGACCCUUCUCCUCCCAAAUUUGCACAUCACCAUCUUCGUUCUCAGGACCCAUGCCCACCUUCACGCAGUGAGGUGCUCGGUCAGAGUUCCGACUCUAAGUCGGAGGGACCUGACCCCACCCAAAAGCCUUGGGCUAGAUCAGACAGUGACGAGGUGCCUCCAAGGGUACCCGUGAGAACCACAUCCCGAUCUCCUGUUUUAUCCCGGCGUGAUUCCCCCCUGCAGAGCAGUGGACAGCAAAAUAACUCAACAGGUCAAAGGAACUCCACGAGCAAUAUUGAGCCCAGGUUGCUGUGGGAGAGGGUGGAGAAGCUGGUACCCAGACCAGGAAGCGGCAGUUCUUCAGGUUCCAGUAAUUCGGGUUCACAACCGGGGUCUCAUCCUGGGUCUCAGAGUGGAUCUGGCGAGCGUUUCCGAGUGAGAUCAUCAUCAAAGUCCGAAGGGUCCCCCUCACAGCGCCAUGAAAAUGCUGUCAAAAAGCCUGAAGAGAAAAAGGAAGCCUUCAGACCUCACAAACCUGCCGGAGAAGUGGAUUUGACAGCCCUGGCCAAGGAACUGCGAGCGGUGGAAGAUUUGCGCCCCCCCCAUAAAGUGACAGACUAUUCCUCCUCCAGCGAAGAGUCAGGGACAACAGAUGAAGAGGAUGAUGACAUGGAACAAGAAGGGGCAGAUGAAUCCACCUCUGGUCCUGAGGACACCAGAGCAGUGUCAUCUCUGAACCUGAGCAACGGUGAAACCGAGUCGGUGAAGACCAUGAUUGUCCACGAUGAUGUGGAAAGUGAACCCGCCAUGACUCCUUCCAAGGAAGGCACUCUAAUCGUCCGUCAGAGUACAGUUGACAAAAAGCGUGCCAGACAUCAGGAGAGCAAUGGCUUUGCCGGUCGCAUUCACCUCUUGCCAGAUCUCUUACAGCAAAGCCAUUCCUCCUCCACUUCCUCUACCUCCUCUUCCCCAUCCUCCAGCCAGCCGACACCCACCAUGUCCCCACAGACACCCCAGGACAAGCUAACUACUAAUGAGACUCAGUCCGCUAGUAACACACUCCAGAAACACAAAUCUUCCUCCUCCUUUACACCUUUUAUAGACCCCCGAUUACUACAGAUUUCUCCAUCUAGUGGAACAACAGUGACUUCUGUGGUGGGAUUUUCCAGCGAAGCAAUGAGAUGUGAAGCAGUAAGGCAAGACCCCACACGGAAAGGCUCAGUGGUUAAUGUGAACCCUACUAAUACCAGACCACAGAGCGACACCCCUGAAAUCCGCAAAUACAAGAAGAGGUUCAACUCUGAAAUCUUGUGUGCAGCCUUAUGGGGAGUGAAUUUGUUGGUGGGUACAGAGAGUGGCCUCAUGCUGCUGGACAGAAGUGGCCAAGGAAAAGUUUAUCCACUAAUCAACCGGAGGCGGUUUCAGCAGAUGGAUGUACUGGAAGGCUUGAAUGUAUUGGUGACGAUAUCUGGAAAGAAGAACAAACUGCGAGUUUACUACCUGUCCUGGCUGAGAAAUAAAAUCCUUCAUAAUGAUCCAGAAGUUGAGAAGAAGCAAGGGUGGACCACUGUAGGUGAUUUGGAAGGAUGUGUGCACUAUAAAGUUGUAAAAUAUGAAAGAAUCAAGUUCCUGGUAAUUGCUUUGAAGAGUUCUGUGGAAGUCUAUGCCUGGGCCCCAAAGCCAUACCAUAAAUUUAUGGCAUUUAAGUCAUUUGGGGAAUUGAUACACAAGCCGUUGCUGGUGGACCUGACGGUGGAAGAAGGUCAAAGACUGAAAGUCAUCUACGGCUCCUGUGCUGGAUUCCAUGCCGUCGAUGUGGAUUCAGGCUCCGUCUAUGAUAUAUACCUGCCCACCCAUAUCCAGAGCACCAUCCAACCGCACGCGAUAAUCAUCCUCCCAAACACAGAUGGGAUGGAGCUCCUGGUGUGCUAUGAGGAUGAGGGAGUCUACGUUAACACGUACGGGAGAAUCACCAAAGAUGUGGUUCUGCAGUGGGGAGAGAUGCCUACAUCUGUGGCGUAUAUUCGAUCCAAUCAGAUCAUGGGCUGGGGAGAAAAGGCUAUUGAGAUCCGAUCCGUGGAAACUGGGCACUUGGAUGGUGUGUUUAUGCACAAAAGGGCACAAAGACUCAAAUUUUUAUGUGAACGCAAUGACAAGGUUUUCUUUGCCUCCGUUCGGUCCGGUGGAAGCAGUCAGGUCUAUUUCAUGACCCUAGGCAGGACUUCUCUUCUGAGCUGGUAGAAGCAGCAUGACGAUGAGAAGAGUGCUGACAACCAGAGUCUCCGUGAUCUUCAGAACUUGGAAUUACUUGCAACUGGAGUACAGACCUGCACUGAUGUAACACAGUGAAAUAUAUGUGCAGGCUUCACUGGUGUUAGAUUUCUAACUCUGUCUCCAUUUUUUCUGUCCCCUUCUUUGCCUCGCCCCAUCUCAGUCACUCCUCUCCUCCCUCCUAUUCCCUACUUCCCUUCCUCCCUUCUCUUUUUCUCUCUUUUUUCAUUUGUUCGUUCUUUCUCUCUCUCCUCCUCUCUCUAAUAAAGGCUGCAAUGCAGCUGGUGCUUUUUAAGAUAUUACCAUCAGGUGCUAUUAUAGAAGUGUUUGGGAUUUGGCAUCAUGUUUUAGAAAGUAACACGAUUUUCCUUGAAGCUCCAGAAUUCCUUGUCUGUGAAUGACUCUGUUGUGUUAGUAAAGAAAAGCGAGAGGCUUGACCAGGCUGUUGGUUUGAUUGGGAGCAGGCAAGGGAAGGUUAAAAAGUGGUGGUGUGAGAGCCAGUCUUGCUGAAGCAGAAAGCAGAUUUAAUAUAGUAACAUUAACAAUGUAUUUAAUUGACAUUUCUUUUUUUUUGUAAUGUGACAAUAUGUGGACAAAGAGGAAGGUGCAGGUUUAAGAAGUUAAUAUUUAUAAAAUGUGAAAGGCACAGUGGCUAGGAUAACUUUCUGUGGGCCG